GCGGAGAGCUGUCCGAUCGAGUCAAACUCAGAGCACAACGAUUAUAAAACGUUUUUGAUAAGACUUCAGAUAAAAAGUAGAAACUACAGGUAAUAUUUGUCAGCGAAUGUAGAUCAUAUUAUAUUUAACCAAAAAUAAAUAAUCGAACACGAAUCCAGCACUCGACUCGAGCAGCAGAAUAACUUUUGGAAUGCUGAGUGACUGAACAGCUAGCUGAAUACGUGCAGUUGUCAUCAUGGCCCUGAAUCAGUUUAUGCACCCAAGGAAUCGCUAUAGAAACAACAAGCCGGAUUUUGCCAAGCUUGCUCAGGACUACCCAGAAUUCAAACAGCACCUGUCAACGACCCUCGCAGGGAACGUCUCUCUUGACUUUCGCGAUCCUGAGGCUCUUAGGGCGUUAACAUGCACCUUGUUAAAAGAGGAUUUUGGGAUUGAUCUUGAGAUCCCCAUGGAUCGGAUUAUCCCCACUGUACCACUGAGAUUAAACUAUAUCCUAUGGAUUGAGGAUUUGUUGAAGCAGAGCGGCCAUGAUAGAUUAGAAGAAAUCUGUGGCAUUGAUGUUGGUUGUGGUACGUCUUGUAUCUACCCUUUGUUAGGAGCUAAGGUCAAUGGUUGGCACUUCACUGCAUCAGAGGUUGAUUCCACAUCUACUGGUUAUGCAAUGCUCAAUGUCAACAAAAACAAAUUACAAGACAAAAUACAAGUUCUGGAGGUGAGCCCGGAUGUCAUGCUUUGUGGAAUCUUCAAGAUGGCCCCAAGACCUCUGUAUCACUUCACAAUGUGCAACCCCCCAUUCUUUGGUAACAUUAUGGAGGCCCAGGGCAUUAUGACAUCUCGUAAUGUUAGUCGGAGAGAGCCAUCUUCAGUCAGUACAGCAGCUGAGUGUGAGAUGGUUUGGGAGGAAGGUGGAGAAGUCGACUUCAUCAGUCGGAUGAUCACUGAUAGUUUACAGCUCAGAGAACAAGUUGUGUGGUACACAUCAAUGAUCGGGAAGAAAGCGAGUUUAGGACCUCUCAAGCAAGAACUGGCUAAACACAAGAUUCGUAAUGUGACAACGACAGAGUUUUGCCAGGGCAGGACAAUGCGUUGGGGCAUUGCUUGGACAUUCCAUGAUGACAUUGAACCCCUGGUUCAUAUGUCACCGGUCAAGAAGUUCAAGCGAGAUAAAGAGCGCCCUCCAUUGGUCAUUACAGUACCAGAGCAAUACGUACAGAAUGCUCUACAACAGCAAGAGGUCAGCUCGGGGUCAAAGGUUAAACCAGGAGGAACCAAGGAUCAGCAGAGGGUCAAAGCUGUCGCAAAAGCAGUUGAGAAACUCCUGGGAAAUCUAGAGAUUGAACUUAAAUCUAAACCUGGUAUCAAGCUGUCUUCAAGAUACACCCUAACUGCUGUUAAGAACACAUGGUCCAACCAACGCAGGAAAAGACGCCAAAAACUCAAAAGGCGUCUCAUGUUAGAGGGAGCUACACUGAGUGAACCAGCAGACAGAAAUCCUGGCAUGGGAGAAAAAAUGACGCCAAGUAUCCUGACAAGUGACAAGUCAAAAAGUGUCAUGGCAAAUUCUGUCCUGCUCCAGAGAACGAAACCCUUAUCUGAAGAAUGUGGAUUGACACACACGAUAGGAGAGGUGGAAACAAACAAUGGUCCAGAACAUUCCCCAAGGAAGGAAUCUUGUGAGAUGCCAGGCAUUGCAGCCUCUUGCUCAGAAACAAUCCUCAGUGAAACCGAUGUUAGAACUUUGGAAGUGAAACAAGUCGCUGGUGGUGGUUGUCAAGAAACGGCAAAGCUACUCGAUAAAAAAGACAGUUUAUCACAUUCUGUAACAAAUGAGUCUAAUGCUACAAAUGUUACGCUAAAGAGUGUGGAUACAUUACAAGGAGUUAAACCCGUACCUGUAACAGGGUCUAGCAACUUGGAUAUCUCGUCCCCGGGAGGUGAAAAUGCGAAGGGUACGGUUGCACUGCUCAGCUCAUCCGAGGGCAGCAGUCAGGAAGCGGGGUUCGUUUUCAAGUGUUUGCUGUCAAUCCGAUUGGCUGAUGGGAGCGUUGUCGUAGAGAUGAGUUGGACAGAGGGAAAGACGCGGGAGUCCAUGCACCAGGUUGGGCAGUACAUGAAGAACCAGUUUAACAAGAUCUAAAUGGACAACUGAAAAAUGUCACUUCAUAAAGGGAGUGAUUUGGGGAAAUGUCUGAACGACAAGUCAGUAGUUAUGCCAAAGCACUUGGAUAAGUUUGUCAAAUAAAUGCAUAGUGCACACUGGUAAAACAGUGAUACAUGUAACUCUCAAUGAUGGUGGUGCUUGGGCAGAGCUAAUUACAUGUUAGUUUUGAAAUGUUUCAUUACGGGUCAUCAUAAAUAUCUGAAACAAAUUUAUUUUAACCACUUCAUGGUAGUUAACAAAUAUCUAUACCAUGCCCUUGCAAAGUAUUUUUUCUGGAACCUCUGAAGUUUUUUUCUUCUUCAAACCAUGUAAGUUUAAUGUAAAUCUGUGGACAUUUUGAAAAAGUAUUUGAAUCCAUGAAAAUCUAUUUUGUUUAAUGUGGUUUUGUAUAUCAAAUCUAUUGAAGGAGAACUAUGCAUGUACAUAAACUUGGUCACUUACAUAUGCUUUUUACCUUCUGCCAAUUUAAUCCAAUUAAACUCAUUCUUCUAAGCUCUUAUAUCCAUCAGAAUCUCUCAGCAUGUGAGAACUCUACCAAAUAUUCUGCGAGAGACCUUCUGCAUUAACUUUAUCCCACUGCCAUUUUACAUGUUUUAUGAUAAGUAUACAGGCACACCCAUGUAGGCAAGGUAAGAUGACCAAAUGAGUCAGUGUGCAGUUCAUUAAAACCAGACAAUACAUGUACUGAGUAUUGACCCUGGAGGAAUUGUGAAGUUAAAGGAGUCAUUUGCAUUUGUGUAUUGGAGAGAAUAUUUGUAUUAGUUGAAAGAUGGAGUGUUCCAUUGAACUUGGCAUGGAUUCGCAGCAUUUAAAUAAAGACACUGGACACUAUUGGUAAUUGUCAAAGACAAGUCUUCUCAACAUAUGCAUAACAU